AAAAGGCAAGUUGUGGUGGUGCGCGGCCGAUGUCAGGCACAUAGUUACCAGUUCGUGCGUUUCUUUUCACUUGGCUUGUUACGACCACGAGAGAGGAGAGGCGCAGCAGAGCCAGCCGCCAGAUAGCCAGACGCUGCCCGCCAAGCUCGGUGAAGAUGCAGUUCAUGGCUCAGCUUGAGUGGCCGGCGGCGGUCGGGGCCAGGGGGCUGUCGUGGCUGUGGAAGCGUAGUCGUCGCGUGGCUGUGGCGGCGGUGGUGGUGGUGGCGGUGGUGAAGGUGCGGGCCUAUGUCCAGAAACAACAAAGAAGGAAGCGGUGGGAUGCGGCGGGCCAGGAUGUGGUUGUGCUGCACAUGUUUGGGCGCGGGAGACACUUGCCUAAUCUGUCUCCAUUCGUGCUCAAGCUGGAGACCUACCUGAGGAUGACCGACAUCAAGUAUGAGAUAGACUACGAGGAACCGAUGGGGUCGAAGGGCAAGUCUCCGUGGAUCACUCUGAACGGAGAGAAUCUGGCGGACUCCCAGUUCGUCAUGGAACAUCUGGCCUCCAAGUUCAACAAGGAUCUCAGCUCCCACUUGAGCCCAGUGGAGAAGGCCACGGCGCACGCCCUCAGGGUCAUGCUGGAGAACAACACCUUGUGGGGUCUGGCCUACUGGCGCUAUGUGCAGGACAAAGGCAGAGAGAUACUGAAUGGAAUGCACGUACCCUUCUUCCUGAGACUGACCCUAGGAAUGUUUAUCCGGCAAGCUAAGAAGGUGAUCUGGCUGCAUGGGAUGGGGCGACACAGUCCACAUGAAAUAGAGUAUCUGUGCAAACAGGAUUUGGCUGCUCUUUCUACACACCUGGGUGACAAGGACUUCCUGAUGGGGGACAAGCCGACCGAGGUGGACUGCGCCAUGUUUGGGUUCCUGUGCCAGUUGAUGUAUGCCUCAACGAGCUCACCAUACCUCAUGAUGCUGGAAACUGACUUCCCUAACCUCCGCUCGUACUGCCUGCGUGUUAAGGACAAGUUCUGGCCUGACUGGAACGCUUGUCUUGACCCACCUCGGCCAGUGUCAUAACGCCUCCAUCUGUUAUCAGCCCCGUGUCUUCAGUCCUCCUCUAUCAGUUACAGUGGAGCCAUAGGAUGAUGCUGGCAUAUAUGAUUUCUUUCCCUCCACAGUCAAUAUUAUUGUAAAUUUUCUCUACCGAUGUGUGUCCUGAAAGAGAAAGAGAAAGAUAGAUCUUUUCAUUUUACUUGUAUAGAAUGAAGAAAUAAGUUCCGUAGUACCAAACAUUGCGUUUUUCUUCAUUGCAUCUACUAUAUUUCAUAUACAAGUUCUUUCUUCUUCAAAUUCCUUCUCUCUAUCUCUCUUCUACUCCAUCUUUCUUAUAUACUUUUCCUUCCGAUUGCGAUUUGUGGUUCUUUUCCCUAUUUCUCAUGACUUUGCCUGUGUUUUUCUCUUCCUAUCCUCAGAUUUCUUUUAUUUCUACUUUCCUUUUUGUCCAAUCUAUUCGUCAAGUAUGGUACAUUUUUCCUACUCUUCCUUACGAGUGUGCAUAAACAUGGUUGUCUUACGGAUCUUUGUUAACAUUAAUACAUUUUCUCUAGCACGA